AACCAGUUAUCUUUAGCAGCUGCUAUUAUAGAUCUUGGAAACAAGACAUAUCGUCCCUGUUGAGCUUUGCUCUACUUGGCUCCCUUACGGACUUCCAGCAACCUCACUCACUCUCUCCAUUCCCCACACACUCCUUUUAUACCCUAGGCCCCUCCCCUUUUCCUCUGAAUGCUGGGAGGUCCCUACCAUAAAAGCCAUCGCACACUAGACCGACCCGAUAAGACACUGACACGAUUUAGUUGUGAUUUUGGAUUUUGCUCGUCUGUGGGUUUUCAACAAGUUUGAACAUUUUUACCCCAUCGUGAACGUAUCAUGUCGGUUUCCUCUCACGUCGAUACAGUGUGCUAGGCAUGGCGACAGAUUAAAGAUGCAAUGGGUCACUGAUGCAUACAACUGACAAAUGAGGGUGGUAGCUGGAAUCAUAUGCUGUGGAUUCCUGGUGAACCUUGGAACAGAUAAAGAGCUUGGUGACAGGCUGAAGGACAGGGAAUUGACAGAAGCAGAAAAGGACUUUGUGAAUGCUUUACGACUGGGUCACAUCUUGGCAUUUGCGACAGGAAGUAGCACCAUUCCAGCUAUGGGAUUCAAUCCAAAUCCCAAACUAAGUUUCAGUCAUGAUGAGGCAAAAGUGCACCCCAUCGCUCACACGUGUGCCAAUGAGCUGCAACUUUUUGUCAAUAACAGAACCCUGGCUAACAAUGAUGAGUUUGAGUAUAUUAUUUUAGCUGCCCUAAUGAAUGGGGCUGUGUUCAGCACAGUGUAACAUGUACAGGACAAGUAGACCACUAUGAAAGAGCAGCCCACCUGUACAUCUUGUAGGUAAAUUAAACAUACCAAAGUUAACUUUCUUCCUAAUCUAUUAAUUGCAGAUAAACUAGUUGGUAAAUAAGUAUUUCAUUACAAAUUAAGCAAUAAUCUACCCCUACAGUAACGCUUCACAAUAAUACUAGUCAAUUAACAUGGAGAAAACUGUUGGAAAGCAAAAUGCAAUAGAAUAAAAAAGAAAAAAAAAUGUAACUACUACAGCCUCUCAUUAGGGGCUUUUCAUGGCAAAAAGUGUAUGUGUGAAACUUUUAGUCAUACAUUUAAUCAUUCACCACGUGUUAAUAAAUA